AUGAAGACCUCUACCUCUUUUGCCAUUCUCGCUCUUCUCGCUAGCGCUGGUACCACCUUUGCUGCUCCCUUGCCCCAUCACUCGAAUCAUAAAGGCUCCGAUGUAGAGUCAGGUCAUCGAGCAGGGCAUCAUCACAGUCGUGCUGAACACCCAUCCAACCACCAUAUCCUCGAUGCGACCGUCGAUGUGGACAUGGACACUCAAAGGGGUACAUAUACCAAUGGGAAACAUCAUCAUGCCAGAGCGGACCCUCUUUCAGUCACCAAGCCUCUUUCUGGAGCCUUAGGUCUCCCCACCAACGGUCAUAAGAUGGGUAAGACCAAGGGUAAUAAUGCCAAUCAGCCACUCACCAAAACUCUCAGUCCCACAUCCGAUUCUAUCCACGGGUCACUGAAGCCCCUGAAUAGUGAUACUACCAAAGCUGGUCAACAGCUCAAUCAUCCUAAUUCAGGUGACAUCGGUCAUUUUGGUAAGACCGCCGACGACGCUUUGGAACCUCAAGAAACCCAAAUUAUCAAGAACGUCUUACCUCGGGACGUGGUUCCCAGUGCUAUAGGUGGCAACAGUGUAACAAAACCCGUUCAAACUGCUGCUACGGGAUUAGGAAACAAUGUCGCUACUGUCAAUAAUAAUGGCAAGAAUGAUAUCCCAGUUGCUGGCUCCGUUAUCAAACCCAUUACUUCAGGAAGCCAGGUUGUUCCUGGUGUCACUGGUGGUGACAAAAUCGCUCCUCCGACUCUUACAUCCACUCUGCUCAACUCGAAAGGCGGGGUACUAGACUUGAAUGCUGGACCACUCGUAACCAAUGGCGGAGUGGUCGGUACUGCUGGAAAAGCCGUUACUGGCUUGACUGGUACUUUGACCAAUGGACAGGGUGCUUUAGUCAACUCUCAAACUGCCACUGGGACAGUUGGUAAAGUACCUGGUACCGUUGGAGGAGUAAUCGACUCGGCGAAUGUAGAUCCGGUUUCCAACCAGGCUUAUCAGCUCAACACUGAUGAUACCGAAUCCGAUGUGAAGGCUGUCACGGGGAAUGGGAUGACUCAAGCAAAUGACCAUGGACCCAAACAGACGAAUAAGAAAGUCAACUCGUCUGCAUUCAAAGGCGAUGGCUUAGAUCACCGAUUGAACGGACAUGGUAGUGAUGGGACUAAGGAUCGAACUACCGAAUUGAUCUCGGAUAACACAUCCAAUGUCAAACAGACAAGUCAAGAUACCACUGGUAUCGAUUCUAACAAUACAUCGAACAAUGUCAAUCAUGUCAACUCCACAUUUAAUACAGUCACAACUCCUAAUGGCAGCUCGUCAACUUCAGGAUUGAAGAAGACUAGUGAUGGGACUAUGAACGCAGUUGACCAAUCUACCGAUCAAGCUAUCCCGUCCAGCUCACAGAAGAAUAAAGGUACGCUAGUCACUGCCAAUAACGAUAAUGCCAAUGCCAAGAUUGUCCAGACUCCUGGGAAGUCCGAUAAAGUAGCAGAGACCAAUACGAACGAUGUGACCGGUUCCAAGUCGAGUGGCGAUAAUGUGAAUAUCAAAGUUGCCGUUCCUCAACAUCAAGCUACUCAGAAUCAAGGAACCACAAGUGGUGGAUUGGUAAAUAACGGAAAUAAGAUUGGACCUAAUGAUCAGCGAGGCAAUGUAGUUCAGGAAGUAGGAGAUGGCAAAAUACUCAAACAGAAUAUCGUCAAUCCUUCUUCUCCUCCUUCUUCUGCCAAACAUACCUCCUCUGCCACCAAACCCCAUCCGACAUCCGCUUCUGUGCAUUCCUCCUCCGCUGUGGCAUCACACUCUGCGUCCGCCAGUAAAGGUUCAGACCACCCAACCUCGAUGAGACCACAGGUAUUCGUAGAAUACACGAGCUUCGCUUCUUCCCCCAGCUCCACUAUCGCCUCUCAAUCCGCUUCUGUCCCUUCUACUACUCCCCUCGCUCAAGCACAGGUACACUCGGGUACUAUACAAGUGAAUAAGAACCAACAAUCCGCAACUAACGUUAAACUCCCCUUAACCUCCUCCCUCCACCUGCCACUCCCUUCUACAACCUCCAAAACACUCAAGACAGCUACUACCAAACCUCGUCAAGCGCAAGUGACCUAUGGUCAAAAGGGCGAACAUGUCGUUGCGUGCGAUGGGCAGAAACAUCAACCCAACGACAUGAUUGAUGAAUGUAUCAAAGCUGAUCUUUUAGAUUUUAAACCUAACCAAACUGAGGCCUGUCCGACCGACAUGCAACAUGACAUUCAAUAUGGGUUAUCAACCGAUAUGUUGAAGAAUGAUCAACAAGCGAAUAAGGAAAUUCAGAAAUAUGUCAGAUUAUGUUUGAAAGCUAGUGCUCUGUAA